AGUGGGAAGCACACUGAACAGCCUGGAUCAACAUAAUAUCUGCAAGAAAAAGUGCGCUACAACAAAGAUUUGGCAGCGCGCACAAGGCUUUCGUACUUUUUUUUCAAAUUAUUAAAUCGGAUUAGCUUUAGCACCGUCACACUCACAUUGAGUAGCGUGUACUAUCUAAUCAUACGGUUGCUAGUCAUGAAUUAUUGCGCUAUUCAUGAAUUAUUGCAGAUCAAGUCUGCUACUUGCAAAACAGUUGAGUGCGUCAGUGGGUAGCACACUGAACAGCCUGGAUCAACAUAAUACCUGGCUGCAAGAAAAAGUGCGCUACAAUGAUUUUGCAGAGCGCACAAGGCUUUCGUACUUCUUUUUCAAAUUAUUUAAUCGGAUUAGCGGCGUCACAUUGAGUAACAUGUACUAUCACUAUCUUGUCAUGCGUUUCCUAUUUCUGAAUUAUUGCAGAUCAAGUCUGCUACUUGCAAAAGCAUUGAGUGCGUCAGUUGGUAGCACACUGAACACCCUUGACCAUUAUAAUAUCUGCAAGAAAAAGUGCGCUACAAGGAUUUGGCAGCGCGCACAAGGCUGACUUUCGUACUUUUUUUUCAAAUUAUUAAAUCGAAUUAGCGGCGUCAAAUUGAGUACUUAACAUGUACUAUCUAGUCAUACGUUUAUUCUUAUUCCUGAAUUAUUGCAGAUCAAGUCUGCUGCUUGCAAAACAAUUGAGUGCGUCAGUCGGUAGCACACUGAACGCCCUUGACCAUUAUAAUAUCUGCAAGAAAAAGUGCGCUACAACUACAAAGAUUUGGUAGCGCGCACAAGGCUGGCUUUCGUACUUUUUUUUCAAAUUAUUAAAUCGAAUUAGCGGCGUCACAUUGAGUAACAUGUACUAUCUAGUCAUACGUUUAUUCUUAUUCCUGAAUUAUUGCAGAUCAAGUCUGCUACUUGCAAAACAAUUGAGUGCGUCAGUCGGUAGCACAGUGAACAGCCUGGAUCAACAUAAUAUCUGGCUGCAAGAAAAAGUGCGCUACAAGGAUUUUGCAGAGCGCACAAGGCUUUCGUACUAUUUUUUCAAAUUAUCAACAUACAGUCUAGUCCAUUCAUCAUUAUUUUCUCAAACGAUAGCGUCCUUCAUAGCAUAGAGCUACCGCGUCACUGAUCUAUUUGCACUGGCUUACAUCAUGAAAAAUGUAGCUUGCUUACCCCGCAAGCUUUGAGUACCCCCCCUUCGGUCCCCAAAGUUGUAGCCCUUCUAACCCCCCUGUUCGCAAUCGCUGUACGUGGUCAGAAAACGCAAAAAAAUGCAAAGGUGGUUUUUGCUUCAUCUUGAAAGAGAGACAAAGUUACAUAAUAUCCUAUGAAAAGAUUGAUGUGCUUCGCAAUUUGUUUCAAUAUUUAUUUGUCUAAGUUUCAGUACUUACUUAUUUAUCAUAUCAAAUAUGUUGAAUCUAAGUAAGUGAGUAUUUUCAUAUGACUUCGUUACUCCGAUUGCUGUCUUCAACAACAAGACCUGUUUCAAAUUUACCUGCUUCAACAUGUGCAUCUUUAUUGGAGAUUCAUCAUGUGCAUAUUUAUUGAUUCAUCAACAUGUACAUCUACAUCUUGAUCUUUAUUGAUUCAUCUUUAUCUGAUUGUUUGAUUAAUCAUACAUAUAUUAAUUUAUUGACAAUUGCUGUUUGGUAAAGAUCUAUGCAAGUGGUCCUCGUGUGUAAAUAAACUUAAAAUUUACAUGAUUGGUUGAAGCAACUCAAAUUCACAUGCCAUGGUCUUCGUUGUUC